UAUAAAUAUACAUACAUACAUAAUAUAUGAGUAGCAGAAGCAAAUAGUAGUAGGAUUCAUCAUAUAGCGAUAAAGAAUGGGGAGGGGAAAAAUAGAGAUAAAAAAGAUCGAAAACGUGAACAGCCGUCAAGUAACGUUCUCGAAACGGCGCGGCGGAUUGCUAAAGAAGGCAAACGAGUUGGCCGUUUUGUGCGACGCUCAGGUUGCCGUCAUCAUCUUUUCUGGUACCGGAAAACUCUACGAGUUCGCCAGUUCAUGCAUGGAUCAAAUUUUGGUGAGAUAUAAUCAAAACCGUGGAAGCCCAAGCCUACAACUUGCACCUAUUGAUGCUUACGUUGAUGAUGAACCAGAUGAACCGGAUAAUCAGCCCGAAGAAGCGACGGUCGACACCGAUUCCCUCAAGCAUGAGAUCGAGAAGCUUCAUUUGAUGCACCGCCGAAUGAUGGGCAAAGAGCUCGAUGAAUUGACGUACAACGAAUUGCACAACUUAGAACAGCAGCUUACAGAAGGAAUUCUUUCUGUUAAAGAGAGAAAAGAAAAAUUACUCUUGGAGCAGAUGGAAAUAUCAAAGCAGCAGGAAAAGAAAAUUGUGCAGCAAAAUGAGGUCCUGCUGGAAAAGAUCGAGGAGCUUAGACAGCAUGCAAGGCUAAAUAGCAAAGAAAAUCAUGUGAUUGUGAGCAAAGAGUCUUGCCUUAGUUCGAGUUCAAUGCACGAAUGCAGAUCCGCCAAGGAAGGAACUUCCGAUACAUCUUUGCGUUUAGGAAUUUCACCUGCUGCAAUUGUUUCGGAGGCGAGGAAAAUGCCUAAGCUGGAAAAAUCCAACGGUUCCAAGGGUGCCAUGCAUGUCGAUUGAUGGUCAUGAUUAAUGAAAGCAACGGAUUAUUUUAUUUUAUUUUAUUUUUGCUAUAGUUAGAUGAUAGGUCGAUUAUAAAAUCUUUUACUGUGGUUAGAAUCCUAUUUUUUUUAUCUUUUAAUUUAUUUUUUCGGACUUCAUUUGUGACAAAAGUUGUAUACACAUGCGCUAUGAUCAUAAAUGCUUAAAUUAAUAUUUGUAUUUCAUGUUUUAAA